AGACAUCGUGAAAGCAUCAAUUCGACGCCUUCCCGUAGAAAUUGUGCGCCCACCAUGCCUCCGCCUAGGAUAUCCCCGAGCCUGACCGCUCAAUUGAGUCGUCUAUCCAUCGCACCCGCCGCCCAUCAUCGCCCUCAGAUCCUCAUCCCCAGAUAUUCGAUACCUUCUGCCCCCAACUCUGCCUCCAAUGUCCGCGCUUUUUCCAGCACUCCCUUCCGCCUAAGCUGGCUGAUCCCCAGGACCGGCGAGUCGCGCAAAUCCCGCAAAGGUCGAUGCCGCGUCCCCACAGGCGGUAGCAUGCGCGGCACCACCGUUGAAUGGGGUGACUACGGCCUCCGCAUGCGCGACCACGACCGCCGAAUCGCUGCUUCACAGCUCAAGAUCGCCGAAGAUACCAUCAGGAAGCGCCUUCGUGGUAUGAAGUUCCGUCUGUUCCACCGCGUCGCCGCCGAUAUUGGUGUUUAUACGAGUGGUAACGAGAGCCGUAUGGGUAAAGGAAAGGGAAGUUUCGAUCACUGGACUAGCAGGGUACACGUGAGCAAGGUGGUGUUUGAGAUCAAGGGAGACUUGCACGAGCAGGUUGUGAGGGACGCUUUCCGUUUGGCGGGGAACAAGUUGCCUGGCCUCUGGGAGACUAUCAAAAAAGGUGACCCACCAAAGAUGGGUAUCACAAAGGUUGGUGUCAAUGGCGUCACAGAAGCAGACCUACGCCGCCCGCGCCAGAAGCUACCCCUCGAGCGAACCGCCGCCAGGAUACCCGCUGCGCCUUAG